AAUCAGCAGUCGUAAGAUGCACUUUCUAAAGUGCGUCAAUGCCUGAGUUACAAGUUGGACUUUGGUAACAGAGCUGUAUGUAAAUACACACGACAUUUUAGAGCAAGCAUGACCUCUGCCCUGGGUCGCCGCCUGGUUGCGUGUCUUCUGAACAUCUCUGAGGCUCGGGAAAGAGAUGUGGUGGAGAAGGUGGCACAGGCAGCCAUCAGCCACCAGCAUGGAGGAAGACGAAAAGGUGUAACUGUCCUGAACAUCUUCAGUGAUCAUGACUACAACCGUUCCGUUCUUACCAUUGUGGCCGGCAUUGAGCUAAUCGGUGAGGUGGUUCUUUCAGCGUCUGAGCGGGCGUUCUCGUUGAUCGACAUGACGGUGCAUGAAGGAAUUCACCCCUGCAUGGGAGCUGUGGAUCUUGUGCCCUUCUACCCUCUGGGAGAGGAGGUGAGCUUGGAGGAUUGUGGAAAGGAAGCUCGAGCUGUAGGCACUGCUCUGACCGAGCGAGUGCCAGGCACCAGUGCAUUUUUCUUUAGCUGGGCAGAUAUACCACUGCAUCGUGGCCUUGCACACCGGAGGAAAGAACUGGGCUGGUUCAGGAAGGGUUCCAACAUGGCCACCAUCCGGCCAGAUGUUGGACCACCGCCCAUGAGACGAUAUGGACUAACUGGUAUUGGCGCAAGCCCUUAUGUAAUGAAUUGCAACGUGACCAUCGAUACCCAGGAUGUAUUAUUAGGGCGGGAUGUAGCCGCAGCUAUCCGAGAGUCCAGUCCAGGUGGAAUCCCGGGGGUGCAGGUCAUGGCUCUUCCUCAUGAAGGUACUGUGGAAAUUGCCUGCAAUGUAGAAAGCAUACCAGCUCCAGCUGCUGGAGGGGAAUCAUGGCCAGCAUUCAGAGUUGGGGAGCAGAAAUUCUGCCACGCUCCAGCAUCACUCAUUACCACGCGGGUAGCAGAACUGGCCAGACGCCAGGGUGUGACGACACAAGGAACAGCGCUGGUUGGGUUCACACCGCUCGAGUGUAAGAGACUGGCUGAGAGAGCGCUGUCUCAGGAUAUCGGAGAGUUCUGGAAGGAGCUACACGGAGUGCGCAUGUAGAUGUGGAGCCUCUGCUACAGCUGAUAUGCUUCAAAGGCCUCGCAAAAUAAACAGUUCCUGGUAUUAUGUACAAUGUCAAAGUGUUGAUCAUUAAUUAACUUGAGGGUGCACAUAAAAAUAAUAGAUAAAUUCUUUUAUUUCAUUUGAAUAAACUGACCAUCCAAACUCC